UCAAUUCAACACCUAAAGUCUCUCCUACGUCUCCCAAUCCGUGUGGCCAUCGACGACGGUCGAAUCUUCAUGGGGACGUUCGUGGGGACGGACAAGCAACUCAACAUUCUCCUCGUCAGCACAGAAGAGUUCCGUAUCGGAGCCGAUGCUGUGGAUGGCAAUCCGAAUGGUCGAUUCGUCGGGCAGGUCAUGAUACCUUGGAGGCUCGUCCGCAAGGUCGAG